AUGGAAAGAGAACGAGAGGAAUGGGAGAGACAGAAACAACAGGAACGACAAAAAAGAGAGGAAGAGAAUGAGAGAAGAAAAAAGAUAGAACAGGAAACAUGGGAUGAAUAUUAUCAGAGACUUAAACGAGAGAUAGAAAGAAGACAGAGAGAGAGAGAGGUUCUUCAGUCCAAACAUAAAGAAGAGAGAGAGAUAAUGAAGAAGAUGAUGGAGGAAGAAAGACAGAAUCAUGAUAAAGAGAGAAAGAGAAGAGAAGAGGAAUAUAUAGAAAGAGAAGAACAAUAUAAAAGAGACAUUAAAGACAUAGAGGAUCAUGAGAGAAAGAUGCGAGAGGAGAUGAAGAGAGAACGAGAGGAAUGGGAGGAACAGAAACAAGAGGAAAGACAAAGAGAAGAAGAGGAGAAAGAAAAACAUAGAUCUAAUGAACUUUAUACAGGAACUCCUGAGGAUCAGGACACAAGCAGUGAUGAAGAUUCACUAUCGGAUUCAGGAUGUUUGCGAAUCUUGCUGUUUGGGAGGACAGGAAGUGGAAAGAGUGCCACAGGAAACACUAUCCUCGGAAAAAAUGAGUUUCACAGUGAAGCCAGGUCACAGUUGGUGACCACUACUUGUCAGAAGGGAGUUGGUGAAGUAUAUGUUGGUGAAGUUAAAUCAGUAACUGUUGUUGAUACUCCAGGACUCUUUGAGACGACACUGUCAAAAGAACAAGUGGUGGAAGAAAUGAUGAACUGUAUUUCACUGUCUGUACCUGGACCUCAUGUGUUCAUUAUUGUAUUAAGUUUGGGAAGAAUCACUCAAGAGGAGAGAGACACUUUAGAGAUGAUAAAGAUGAUCUUUGGCUCAAAAGCAGCAGAGUUCAGCAUCGUUCUCUUCACUAGAGGAGAUGAACUGAAAAAACAAACAAUAGAACAAUAUGUAGAGAAGAGUAACAAUGAUGAACUCAAGAAACUGAUCAGUGACUGUGGAAACAGAUUCCUGGCUUUUAACAACAGAGAAACGCAAGAUCGGACACAAGUUACUGAGUUAUUAAACAUGAUAGAAGAGCUGAAGGAAUCUAAUGAGGGACGAUACUUCACUAAUGAGAUGUUUGAGGAGGCAGCGAUCUCCAUUGAAAAUAUAAGGGAAAUGCUAGAAGAGAAUGAAAGAAAAAAACAGGCUCAAGUUGAAGAACUAGAAGCCAAAUAUGACAUGGAAGUCAAAAGCAUGAGAAAAAGACUGGAGGAAAAGAAACAUAAAAAAGAUGAAGAAAGAGUGAGGAUGGAGAAAAUGUUCAGCAGAAAAGAGGAAACACUCAGAAGAGAGUUUGAGGAGAAAGAAAGAUCAGAGCAGAAGAAACUAGAGACGGAAGAUCAAAAACGAUCUGAAGAGGAAGAACAGCGAAGAGCUGAACAUGAUCAAAGAAUAGAUGAGAUGGAGAGAGAGAUUGAAAAUCAGAGAUUGCAGUAUGAAAAACUGCAAAAAGAAAGAGAAGAGGAAGACAGAAAGAGAGAAGAGGAACAUAAACAAGAUCAAGAAAAGAUGAAAAAUGAGCAGGAGCGCAUCCUGGCAGAGUUAAGAAAAAAACAAGAAGAGGAAAUAAAAAAGAGAGAUUCAGAGGAACAAGUGAGGAAGGAACAAGAAGAGAAAGAGAGAGAAGAAUGGAAGAGAAAAUUAAAAGAGGCUGAAAAUGACAAAGAGAUUCAAGAGGAAAUUAAACAACAGCAGAGAGAAUGGGAGGAAGAGAAGAAAAAACAGAUGAGAGAACGAGAGGAAGAGGAAAGAAAGAGACAAGAGAGACACGAGGAGCAACUGAGAGAAAAACAAGAAGAACUGGAGAAUAUUAGAAAUGAAUUUGAAACCAACAGAGAAGAAGAAAGACAGAUGAUAGAGGAGGAGAGACAGAAACAGAUAAGAGAGAGAGAAGAAAAGGAGAGAGAAUAUGAAGAAAAGAGAAAUGAAAUGAAAAGACGUUAUGAGCAGCUGGAGAGAGAGAGGAAAGAGGAGUGGGAGAGAAGAAAACGAGAGGAUGAAGAGAGAAGAUCCGAGAAGAGAAAGAGAUGGGAGAAAAUGAUUGAAGAUCUGAAACAAGAUCAAGAAGAAGAGAUAAAAAGAAGAGAAAGAGAGGAGAGAGAAAGAAUAGAAAGAGAAGAAAAAGAGGGUGAUGAAAUGAAACAGAAACAUGAAGAUGAAAUAGAGAAGAUGAAGGAGAAAUAUCAAGAUGAAGGCAGAGAACAAGAAGAAGAACUGAAUGAUUUCAGAAAGAGAAAAGAGCAGCAUGCUCAGCAGUUCAAGGAGAGGCUUGAACAACUAUAUGAAAUGAAGAGGUUAAGAAAGGAGCUAAAAGAUAAAUGGCCAUGUCAUGUCAUGUGAAACAUUUGAAGACUUCAGAUGCAAAAGCCUCUAAGUGCCA